AUCGGAACGCAGCUCUAGUGUCUAUCCCUCUACUAGAGGUUUUCUAAAAAUGAAUUGUUAUUAGUGAUCAUUAUAAUUUUUCUACAAAUAAGAAUUCUAGUUAAUAAAUAAUACAGUUAUUGCUGUAAAAUAAUUGAUUUCAAUGAUUAAUUUUGUUUUUUAAAUGAACGGAUGCGCAUGUUAAGCUGCAUAAAAUUUAUAUAAUUCUAUCUCGCAAUAUUAACCUUAACGUUACAUUUCAAUAUGUUACAUGAAUACAAGAAAUUUUGUACAAGUGGUUUGAAAUUAUUAACACAGUUUGUGUCUUCAAGAUAUUCUGGUACACUAUCUAAAGCAGAAAUAAGAAAACGGAAGAAUCAACUUUUCGAUGAAGAAAAGCGAAGGCAACAUUCAGAAUUAGGUAGAAUUCAAAAGAUAGAGGUGAAAUAUAAGUCAGCUGAGGAUGAAAUUGUUAUGGUGAUGAAUCAGAAUAUCUCUACACCAUAUGAUUGCGCUAGACAUAUUUCUGAAAGUGUUGCUAGGAUGUCUGCUAUUGCUCUGGUGGAUAACCACAUUUGGGAUAUGCAUAGACCACUUAUAAACAACUGUGAGUUACAACUAGUAACCAUGCAAAGUCCACGAAUAAAUGCAGUUAAUUAUGCUUUCUGGCGGACUUGUUCAUUUAUCCUGGGUGCUGUGGCAGAUACUGCUUUCAAAGACCAUAUAAAUAUAUACUUACAUAGCUUUCCUGUUCCAACAAUUAAUUCAGGUAGUUUUAUUUAUGAUGUAUUUAUUGAUUUGCCAGACUGGCAGCCAACUGAUUCUGAAUUACGUGCUAUGUCUGCACUCUUUGUUAAAUUAACAAAUCGUGAAAUACCAUUGGAAAGGUUAGAAGUACCAUGCAGUAUUGCAUUGGAUAUGUUUCAGGAUAAUCCUUUUAAAUCUCAGCAGAUACCCAAUAUUGCUAAAUCCAAUAAUAACAAUAAAAUAACAUUAUAUCGUUUGGGAGACCAUGUGGAUAUCAGCAAAGGCCCUAUGGUGGGUAAUAAUGGCUUGAUAGGACGUGUUACUGUAUCAGCAAUACAUAAACUCACAAAUGGACCUAUAGAUGGUCUGUAUCGCUUUCAAGGCAUUGCCCUGCCUAAAGGUGUCCUACUUAAUCAUUUUGCCUAUGGUAUCCUGGAAAAACGUGCUAAGAAACUAAACACUUCUACAUGGCAACCUCAAAUAGAAGAUGAAACAAUCAAUAUAGCGGCACCGCGAAUUAAACAGUCUACAAUCUAAGAAAGUUUUCAUAUAAAUAAAUACAUCUUUUACUGGUGUUAAAUGUCA